CUGCGAGAUCCGCCGGAAAAGAAUUUUCAAUUUGGCAAGCGUUAUCUCGUUACGAUAUCUGCGUAGCUGGAGAGAUACGUCGAAAACGUCAUUGUCGUAGAUGUGGUACGUCGCACACUCGCUCGAACGUAUGUAUACAAGAGGGAUACACGCGUGUCGAGAAUUAUACGCGAGCCUCCUCGCCGGCUUCGAAAAGUAAAACGCGCGCUCGUGUAUGCAGCGCCAGCGACCGAGAGAGGAACGAGAACGGGAAGAUACGCGGGAACGGGAUAGCGUGAUAGAGCGGUAGCGUGCGCCCGUCGGAGGGACGACAACGGCGCGCAUCGAUUGGCGCGCUAGCCGUGACCCCCACCACGCUGCUUUCGCUUUCACCCAAUGGGGCCUCACUUUCGCGCUCGCCCGCGCGCCGAGCCACGGCAGCCGGCACGCUGUCGUCGCCGGCGCUCAGUGACUGGUGCACCCUACGUGCGAGCAAGUGUUUUUCGUCGUGGACUCUGUGCACGAGAGGAAAAAGAAAAAAGAAGGAACCGGAGCCUCGGUGUGUUGUUCGUUGCGCGCGUAUCGCUUCAAUUAUCAUCUCUCCGUCUCGUCGAGUGGUGCGCGAGGAACGACUUUCGACGAUCCGGGGAAAUUGCGUUCGACGCUGCGCGCGCUUCGCGCCCGGUGACCCUGACAUUCGAGAGAAGCACCCGGCGAGACACGUUCAGUGACGGAUUCGUUCCUCGUCCUUGCUCGAGGCUGCGAGAAUUCGGUGAAUCUCUCGCGAUCCAUUCGACCGUUCCGUGCCGGGAACACAACGUGUCGAUACUUUAGCUCGGGCCUACGCUGACCUUGACUCUGGUGGCCACGUAACAUCGCCACCACGAUAAACAGAUUUUUUCGGGACGCGUGUGGAUUCUCCGAGGUUUCGUGCGCAAAGUGCCCUUCGUUUCGUCCCAUUUAAACGAAGCGACAACGAAUGACGAUCGAACAUCGCGCCACUGGAUCGUCGACGAACCGCGCUUUUUCCCUCAAGUGACCGUUUCACACUCGAGGUGUCACUGUAAUUCCCCGCGGCAUCUUGCAAUACGAAUCGGUCGGUGAAUGGGUGUGCAUGAGACGGUACAGGCGAGACGCGGGAAUUGCGUGAAGAUGAAGAAAUAGAGAGUGUCUCACGGAACCGUUGCGCAACGAAGAAUCAAUUCCAAUCGGUCGAUCACCCGCUGCGUUUGUCGCCACAAGCCUCAGCUUGCCUACACGAGUCGUCGCGAAUUCACCCGGGAAGAGAAAUCAGAGUUGGCGAGGAGGCGAACGAGAGGGCAUACAUACGGAUCCCGUACAAAUUCAGGAAAGUUAUGGCACCACGGCGCCACGGAAACGGCCACGGUGGUGCAUUGAUGGAAAACGGGGGCGCCUGUGCCGGCAUCAACGACACGAUGGACAACAACAACCUGCUGGUGCAAACUCAAGUGACGUCGACGCGUUGCUGUACGCCUACCGGCGAGUGUCUCAGGGGCGACGCGUUGAUUCGGCUAAACUCAUUGCACGAUACCGUCAAGGUUACCUGCAACAACGACAAUUGCCCUGUCGGCCAGUUCAUGCAUCGCGAGUGCUUCGACGCCUGGGAGCAAACCGUGCUCACGUAUCUGAAGAGUUGCGGACGCGCACGUAGCUGGUCCGAGCGACAACGCCAUCAGAAUCUCUGGACGAAAAAGGGUUACGAUCUCGCGUUCAAAGCGUGCGGUUGUCGUUGCGGUCGGGGACACCUGAAGAAAGACCUGGACUGGAUGCCGCCUGGAACAGGCGGGAACGCUUCUGGCAACAGGCAGGAGGAGAACGAGGCGAAGAAAAAGAAACGACGCAAUCGUCAGAACAGCAGGCCCACGCUGGCCGUUUCUGCUGGCCCGCCGAGCCACGGCAAUCACGUUUCGGCCAAUGGUCGCGGUGCAACCGAGUUGCAGUUGAUCGAAUCCGGCCGCGGAAGGGCUGGUUCGCUGUCUUCCAGCACGGGAUCCAGCUCCCCACCGGCUACCAGCGAGCCCAGCGUCAGCCCGCUUCAUCAGCCCCAGGCCAUCAUGAAGAAGAAGAGCAAGGUCGAUUUUUUCAGCGAUCGAGCACGGCAAAGCUGCGGCGCAAACGGUAUCUUCUCGCGUCGCCUGGACUUCAGCGCCUUCAACAGUCUGCCGCGCACCAAGCUGAACUCCUAUCACAUUAAGAUGGAAGACGAGGGCAAUCACGGCAACGACGACACCAGAUGCUUCAUCCUGUCGACGCUGGCCGCGCUACAGUGGUCCAGAGUGACCUGCGUCCUUUGCCGCGCUCCCAUGCUCGUUUUCGACAGGUAUCCUUUAGUGGACGGUACAUUCUUCCUGUCUCCGAGGCAGCAUUCGCCAGCCUGCGCGGAGGUGAAGGUCGAAGGUCGCACGCAAUUCUUGUCCGCGGUGUGCAUGUGUUGCCUCGAGGGCAGCGGCGGUCAACCGGUGCGUUGUCGUUGCUGCACUCAGCCGUGGGACGGUUCCAGCUUAGUCCUUGGAACGAUGUACAGCUACGAUAUCUUUGCUGCCAUGCCCUGCUGCACCGAGCGGCUGAAAUGCAACAGCUGCCAGAAGCCUCUGAUCUAUCCUCAUCAACGGCUGAACUUCUACUCGGACUACAGUCGCGUUUUCGCCUGUCCACACUGCAGAGCCGUGGACGCCCACUUUGUGAAGCCGCUCUCGGUCUGCUUCACCCGCGAGCAGUUUCAGCUUUACAGCCAGUGGCCGUAACCAUUAGGGAACUUAGCUAACCGGCGUCUAAACACCGCGACUGACCCGUGUCCCCUCUUCUUCGAUCCACUGAUCUCCCUGCUCCGGGCGACCUUGCUCUAGAAAUCCUUCAACACUCGUCGGACCGUUUUGUUCUCUCUUCGGCUCCAUCAGGAGUAAUCGUCAUCAUCGUCAUCGAGGAAAACACUAGGAAGAAACAAGCUUGAAGAAUCCUGGAUUCGACGCUUUCCCUCUCCACUUUGAGAACGAUCUCUCCCCUCAUCUCGAGGACGAUUAACGUACCGUUUUGAUAGUAGCAUUGGACGUUCCGAUUUCAGGAUAAAUUUCACCACGUUAUACGAAAUUCAAGUAUUUAUUUACCCUCUAUAACGUAAACUACACGUGUAGUUUCUGAAGAGUCCUGCUUUCCGAGCAUUUAAAUUACAAGCAAUGGUUUCGCGAAGCAUUAAAUACGAUAAAACGAAAGAUCUGUUGCUCUACCAAUGAACGAAAGAAUCGUUCAGACUACGUGAUCCGGGCCAUGUUAUUUACAAUUACAUUCGAUGCAUAUUAAAACAGUCUUUAAAUAUUUAGAUAAUGGAUACAUGACUUCGGAGACGUUGAGGGGUUAUAGAGGGUUAAAGUUUAACUAUACCUCGUCUUCUAUUUUUCUGACGGAAAAUCUGUUCUCGAUGUCGAGAGGUGCAUCGAUUAAACCGUAUCAGGUCUCGCUGAUAGACCUUCUCGAGUGGAAAGCGGAAGCGUCGCGUUCCUGGCGAGCUCCCCGUAGCAGCGAUAAGGUUUAAGAUUUUUCUUUUCCAACGUUGAUAGUAGGGUUUAUCUACGUUAAUUCAGAGCGAGGGACGAUGGCACGCCUAGGCGCGGCGACAAAGUGGAAAAUCGACGCUUCGCGACGACGUAUCGACGGGCUGUGUCAGCUUCCUGGUGACAAUUAAGGCCAAGGAUAUUAUCGUCAGUAUUAAUCGUAAGGAGUUGAGACGGGCAGAAUUUUGUUUGACUAACAAAUAACGAAUGCAAACUCUUCGUAACGAUUUAUUCGAUAGAAAGGUUAAUUCAGACUUCGUGUCGAUGAGACCUGAUUUCAUUUCGUAAUUCGUACUUUUUAUUCGUUGUUUGGAACUUUUUGUCCAGAUGAGAGUUCUGCCCAUCUGGGAGGUGUAACGAAAUUCCCAGGACACCCGGGUCCCUGGGUCCUUGUAAUAGUCGAGUUUUAAGUUAGCGAAAUCUUAUUUAGAGUUCCUCGGUUUACUAAUCCGUGUUCGUGGUUUCUAUGUGUCGUCGAGACCGGACCGAUCUCGACUCGAGUCAAAAUUUGUAGAACGUAAUACGGCGUGGGCGUUUUGUAAAUUAAUUGUCCAAUUGGAAAUUAGUCGGUAUUCUUUAGGAGGGAGCAUAGUCUUUGUAUCAUCUUCGUUAGAUUAAGGAACGUCGUUGGUAGGUUUAAAAAGUUGGAUAAAAUGCGUUGCACCGUCGAUACGUCCUCGUCUCGUACAUAAGUCGCGAAAGCCGAGGUUCGAGAGGUAUUGUACCGUGUUGAAAUACAACGGAGAAGUCGCGUGAUCGUCCCUCGUGCGUCCCAUAGUCGAAAUUGCGUUUGACGAAUAACAUAAACGGAUCGCAAAAAGGAAAAAAAAAAAAAGAAACGAGAACGCAACUAUUGUACGAACGACAUUAGACGCAGAAAAGGUUAAAAAGGAUCAGGCUUCCCUUUAUUAUUGUGUAGGUAUAUGUAUAAAAAGCAAAAAAAGAAACGAAAAGGCCACUUUGAACGAAAAGGCGGAAGAGAUAUGAACUAUCGUUUGUUACUUAGAUAAUCGAGAACGUUGUUUUUUUUACAUUUUAUUAGUUUAUACGUUUACGGCGGUCAUGUUGAUUUUGUUUAAGGAUCUACGACUCAUUCGAUGGGUUUCACGUUGAUCAGGCCGGGCGCCCAGCGAUUUUCCGCCUUCGAGAUCGUCGUCGUUCGCCAAAUCUGUGAACGAGCAUCGUACUUUUAUUUUUGACAAUACACCGUUUUCUCAAUUA